ACAACCGUACACACAAUAACAGCCUCUGUGACCAAUAGCUGCUACAAUGUCAAGGACUACGGCUAACAGAUGAACAUACAUUAGGGCUGCACAAAUUUAACUAGUCAAACAGUCUAUUCAUUAUUAAUAAGUAUAUUUUUAAUUAAGAUAUCGUUUGUUCAACUUUGUUUAACUUUUGUGAAAUGAAAUGGCUGGACGUUCAGAUAGUGAAGAACUUCAAGAAGACACUGGGUUGGAGGUCGUGACAUGUUCGUUUAGUAGUGCAAAUAAUUCAAGUCGGAAUGAAUCGAAAGCCAAUUCUGAAGACAGGGAUGACGCCUGUGAAGUGUUCGAUACCUCUAAAGUUCUCAAUGAUGACGACCAGUCAACUGUUGAAGAGAAUCCUACUAAUUCCAACAACGAAGUAUUAGAUAAUACUGUGAUCGAAAAGAGUAUGAAUAUGAGAAGUUUUUCGUUUUCUCUAAAUGACCUUGCGAAUCAGGAUCCUAAACCGUUUUCGGCUCGUCAAAGAUCUCACCCAAGGAGGAAGAGGUCGGAACGAAGAGACACUCGUCUGUCGGGACUGAAUUUACUAUUGCCUAGAAACUUCAACGACCACGACGACGAGAAAGGGAGCGGGAACCUAGAAAACAGCCACAACGAGAAAGAGAAUAAGAACCUAGAAAACAGCCACAACGAGAAAGAGAACGAGAACCUAGAAAAAGAUUACAAUGAGAAAGGGAGCGAGAACCGAGAAAAAAAUCACGACGAGAUAAGGGACGAAAACCCAGAAAACAAAGACGACGUGAGAAUGGUCAGGAGCCUAGAAAACGAUCAUGACAAGGAAAGGGAUGAGAACGUAGUGAAAGAUCACGGCGAAAAAGGAGAAGAGAACGUAAAAAACAAGCACAACGAGAAAGGAGUCAAAAGCAUAGAAAGCGAUCAGUACGAGAAAGAGGACGAGAACGUAGAAAACAAGCACAACGAGAAAAGAGUCAAAAGCAUAGAAAGCGAUCAGUACGAGAAAGAGGACGAGAACGUAGAAAACAAGCACAACGAGAAAGGAAUCAAAAGCAUAGAAAGCGAUCAGUACAAGAAAGAGGACGAGAACGUAGAAAACAAGCACAACGACAAAGGAGUCAAAAGCAUGCAAAGCGAUCAGUACGAGAAAGAGGACGAGAACGUAGAAAAUGACCGCGACGAGAAAAGGGUCGAGAACGUAUCAAGUGACCAUGAUAUCAACGAUGUUAUUCCGGUCAGCAGGAACACGGCAGAGACUGGCAGCAAUCCGGUAGGUUUCAUCCAGAUGCCAGAAUCAAGUUCAUCUGAUGACGAGCCUCCGCCAUUACCGACGUCUCCUCCUCCUGUUUUUGAUAACACCGGUCACGGUGCGUGUUCCCGUCUCGAAUUGAUCGAAAGUUCGUCAUAUGGUGCAGAGAGCGGAAAUGUUUUCUCUGAUUCGAGAUCAUCUCUGGGACCAAGAGUGAACAUCAAUUAUGAGAGUGCAAUCGUAGAUGUAACAUCAAAUACAUCGUUAAAUUUGGAUGCAUUCCUCGACGAUUCAGAAAACAUAACUCCUGUAAAAGAGAAGUUACGUGACAAAACAUCGUCAGUCGCAUCAUCAUCAGAUAGUGGAACUGAGCAUGAACGGUCUGAUCAGACUUUUUCGCUUUCACCGCCAACAUCACUGUCCGAUAAUGUGAUGAUUAAUAAUUCAACGGAGGAAUAUUCGUUGAGGCUCAAUGAUUCUGAUCUAGUACCUAAAUUAUCGUCUUUAUCUCCGACAAAAGAUGUUAAUGGUUUUCAUCCAGAUGUUUCUUUCAAUUUCAGACAUCAGUGUUUCAGCAUCACGAAUAGGAAAACCAAUUUUCAGAGUUUACCAGACCUCCAUGAUACGAGAAUUUAUACGACAGACCAAACACGUGAACAUAAACUUUCAUUUCACUCAAGCACUCGUCUCUCAAAGCUGGAUAUGGGCGCUGAAUUUACAAAUUUAAUCGAGAUCACAAAACAAUUGAAGAAAACGAAAGAGUAUGGCUCGGCAGUCGACCAUGUAGAACUCAUGAGUCCAACUGAGAGAGAAAAGUUUGAAGAAUUUUGCGAUACUGUCUAUAUUGGACCCGAUUUUGAACUAAAACACCCGGCGAGUAAAAUUAAAGAAAAUAACGAUCCAACAGAAAAAUUAAUAGAACAUUUACUAUCAAGAUCUUCAAGCAAGAGGACUGAUGAAUCGAGAAGAGAAGAAGAAAGUUUGCGACAGCUUGAAAGUUCAAAAAACGCCAGCGAAGAUCAGUCCCAGAUACUCUUUGAUGAUAACCUCGCCGUUCGUGAGGCUUGCAUUAUUCCGUCAGUACUCUUGUCGCAAACGCUGUCCAUGCAACGACCGAAUAGCUCGAAUUCGAAUGAACUGGAUUUUGGUGGAAAUCAAAAUAGUGGACCUAUUAUCGCUUCACAUGAGGACACACUGAAAGAAGCCAAAAUACAUCCCAUGUUUCAUGACGUCAUAGACCAAAAUACAAUGGAGUCUACUAGCAAAGCCCCACCACUGCCUCCGAAAUCAACGCAUAUGCACAAAAAGAGGCAGUCCUUGCAGUUAGAUUGUUUGAAAAUUCAGGAGAGAAGAGGUGGAAGUUUGAAUCUAGAAGACGCUUGCAUUGUUUUAGAAGAUGCUCCUCCUUUGCCUCCAAGAAGAGGCGGUAGUUUAAUUGUUAAAGGGAAUUAUAAUACGGCAGAAAGGACACUCCCAAUUAAGCAGCUUGCCUCAAGUUCUGCAAAAGUUGAAAAUUCUUGCAACUUGAAAACGCACACUCUUCCUCCGCCUCGCGUCCAAAAACGUUGCCGGUCAAUGCGGGACAGAAAUUGCGUUUCAUCUGCAAUACCCGAUGAUGUUGAAGUACAUUCCCCCACCGACAAAACCAAUUUUUCAGACCCUAAUUUAUCAUUUAGAAUUCACCAGAAUGCGCCUCCCAAUUUACCGCCAAAGCCCUCCGUGUCAAGACAAAAUUCUUCUUCAGACGAUUCACAUCCCUGCCCGAUGGGGCCUCCUCCCAGACCUCCGUCCUUUUUCCGUUCGAUGUCGUCAAGGGAAGGAGCAUUAGAGAAGUCAGCGGUUUUUGUUUUAGCGUCUCAAGCCAUGUCUUCUGAUCCAACGUCGAUGCGGUACGCGUAUGGCAGACAGCUUUUGUCCGGAGAUUUCCAUGAAGCCAUCAACUCGUCAGUGAAGCACCUGCAUGUUCUCAGAAGUGCCUUGCCUGACCUACCACCUAUUGAUACUUACACCGAGCCGACAUUUCAGCACUUCCCCGUUAAAAUUGAUGGAACACAUCAAAGACUCUCGAUCGUGUCCAAUACCAGUUCGGAAGUUCAUCAGUCUUAUGAUAACGAAGCUUUCAAAUAUUCUUCAAGUGAAUUAGCAGGUUCAUUUCAAUGGGGAAGAGGGAGCUAUCGUUCUAAAGAUUGUCAACUCAGUCGUAAUAAAAGUAGCAGCAGUUCCGAUGCCGACGCCAGCCCAAGGAUUGGCUCGUUCUCGAGUUCUUCUUCGACUCGAGCCAGUGACCGCAGCCGAGAUAAAGUUGUUCUCAGAAAACUUGAUGAAGGUGUUUCGACAUCGAACUUGCUGUCCAACGAAGCUCCGGUUCCAUGCGAUUCUUUGGCUGACUUACCUGCUUCUUUGGACGAUUGUAACGCAGGAGACAAAUUUGUGACUGACAAGUCGCAAAUAAAAUUUUCAAGUAGUACAGAUUCAGGAAUGCCAUCGUCACCUCGCAUGUCCCGCGCAAGGCGUUAUGCCUCCAGGCUGUCUUCGGUCUCGUCUGUCGUUGGGUGGAAUAGCCGUGAUAAAUCGGAGUCGAAGAAACAUUCGCAAGACAAAGAGUCGUGGUUGGUGGACAAAGUUUUACGUCUCUCCUUUCUCAGGGACACCUCAGUACGUGGACUACCAAGCGACCUCAGCACUCUUGCCGACUCAGUGCUCGUGAGCGAAGACAAAAUCAGAUUGUCUUCAACCUCUCAGCCGCACACAAGCAAUGACGGGAUGAAACCUCGCGCCAUGUCUAGUCUUGAUAAAGACUUCAUAUGGGAGAACGACGAUGAGCCAUCGGGUUACAUCAACCCCCUUCUUGCUUGCCAUGCAAUGGACUCAAGUGGAGACGCAUUAGAUAGUGGUGACUCGCAUGACGGCAGACGAGAAACAAACAACAACUGCAAACAGAAAAAUUCUGUCAGAAUACUUCAGUCUCUACAGAACCUAAAACGUGACAUGCGAGACUACACGGCAGUUCUGGAGAGUCUUCAAGAAAACUACGAGGAGAUGAGGUCGAGGACACCGGAUGGAAUUCGUCAACGGUUCGAUCUUGCCAUAAAGGAAGUCAAAAUCAUGCACGAGCUCCAACUCAAACUUAAUGAAAAAAUUCUUGAUCUCAGUGGCGAUGAUUUGAGCGCCGUAGCGGAUGCAUUUAAAACGGAAGAUUUCUCAACUUACAAGAGGUACUCGAUAUUAGCACGCGACCUGCAAAAAGAAAUCAAAUCACACUCCUCAUACUUCAGUGAAAACUUCCAACAAUUUUCUUCGAAUAUCAUGAGGCCUUUUCAUCGCCUGAACUCCUAUUCUCAGUACCUGCAAUCCUUCCUCAAUAAUUUCGUGGACGAGACUGAGAGUAAGCUGCAGGAUGCCGUGUCGUACCUCAAUAACCUCAAGAACGAAGCCAACACAGAAAUGAACAUCUGCGACCUGCAGAAGUGUCCGGUGGAGCUUCGACUGGCCGGACUCAUAAGCUACGCUGGGGCCCUUCACUACGAUGGCGAUCUUUUCCCGAAGCACGUUUACGUAAUUCUAUUCGACAGUAUCAUGGUUAUCAGUGAAGACAAUCACGAGUACAGAGUGUACAAGCAGCACUACCGCAGCGAGCAAGUCACUGAAGUCAAUGACAUCGGAGGGUUGGAAAUUGAAGUUAAGGUACAUCCUACGUUUCAGUCAGACACAACUGUGCUGAAAUUUAAAGCUAAUCUAACAUCUGAUAAAAACAAUUGGAUAACGCAUUUUCAUUCUUGGCAACAGAGAAACUUACCCUCUUACAAAGCCAUCAUCCUCAACUCUGAUCUGCAGAAAAUCAUCCGCAGGAACACAAAACACAAUCGAUUCCUUCCUCUUUCAUUAUGGAACUUGAGUCCAGCACUCAAAGCAGCGGUCGAUAUCGUCAAACAAAACAAAGUCACCGACAAGAACAUAAAGCUGAACAAAAUCCACAACAGUAGCAGACCAAGCAGCGUCGGUGACGAUGAGAUAUUCAGCAGCUUCAUGUUUCAAGUGGACAGUUUCGUCUCGAGGCUCGAUGUCUUGCUGGACCACGAGGCUCUUGCGCCACCUCCGCUGCUGGGAUCAGUCCUCAGGAAGUUACGACGGUUCUACAAGAGCGUCUUCAUUCCACAAUUGCGAGCAGAUUAUGAAAAGCGUCCAGAAAAAAUCCUCGUGAGCAUCAUGGGAAACUUGCCUAACAUUCCACCCUUGUUCAUCGAGUUCAUUGAAGUUCGCUCAAGCUUGACGCUUGUAAUGGAAACAGACGAGGGCUUAACUCAAUACGUGAGUCCAUUUCAUCAUCUCUCAUACUUCAUUGAAUGGCUUUUCAGUCUCUCAUGCAUAGCGAGGUACCAUGACAAACUGCGCGGACACUUAGGCAUUCUGAUGAACUGCGUUGAGGACUCAAGGGUGACCAUCCUACAUUCCGCCAUAACCAACUGCCAUCUGGACUUUUACAAGACGGGCGACAUCGUCCGCACCGGCACCCUCGAGAGCAAAGUUCGGUGCCGCAGCCUGAGAAGCAAUCAAGAUUACUACGUCAUCCUCUUUGAAAAGGCUAUUCUGUUCACAAGACCUAAAAUUCCUCAGUACGAAUACGUGCAGGUUUUGUGGCUUGACCAAAUGACCUUUGGUCCGCAGCCAGUUCACAGAGCCUCUUUCAGGCUCGAGGAAAGAUCUCCGAAGAAACCAUACGUGUACGAGCUCAGAUGCACGAGCGAACUCUCAAAGAGCGAGUGGCAGAGAGACAUUCUCGCUAUGUUGCACAAACAGGCGGAGCUUAUCAAGAAGAACCUUAAUUAGCUCAAACUUUCGUGGAGACGGCUGACAAGAAAGACGUCAGCUGCUUUAUUCCGCACCAAUGAUGUGAUUUUUUCACGCUUGUACGUUAU